CUUUGCCUUCCUGCUUCUUGGCUGGCCCAGGGAUGACUUCCUCGCUGCAGCGACCCUGUCGGGUGCCCUGGCUGCUAUGGACCGCCCUGCUGGUCAGCACUACGGCUGCUUCCCAGAAUCAAGAACGGCUGUGUGCAUUUAAAGAUCCCUAUCAACAAGACCUUGGGAUAGGUGAGAGCAGAAUCUCUCAUGAAAACGGGACAAUAUUGUGCUCCAAAGGGAGCACGUGCUAUGGCCUGUGGGAGAAAUCCAAAGGGGACAUCAAUCUUGUGAAACAAGGGUGUUGGUCUCACAUUGGGGAUCCCCAAGAGUGUCACUAUGAAGAAUGUGUUGUAACUACCACCCCACCCUCUAUUCAGAAUGGGACAUACCGCUUUUGCUGCUGUAGUACAGAUCUAUGUAAUGUCAACUUUACUGAGAAUUUUCCACCUCCUGAUACAACACCACUCAGUCCACCUCAUUCAUUUAAUCGAGACGAGACAAUAAUCAUUGCUUUGGCAUCAGUCUCUGUAUUAGCUGUUUUGAUAGUCGCCUUAUGUUUUGGAUACAGACUAUUGACAGGAGACCGGAAGCAGGGUCUUCACAGCAUGAACAUGAUGGAGGCCGCAGCCUCAGAGCCGUCUCUGGACCUGGAUAACCUGAAGCUCCUGGAGCUGAUUGGACGGGGUCGAUAUGGAGCAGUGUAUAAAGGUUCCUUGGAUGAGCGUCCAGUUGCUGUAAAAGUAUUUUCUUUUGCAAACCGUCAGAAUUUUAUAAAUGAAAAAAACAUUUACAGAGUGCCUUUGAUGGAGCAUGACAACAUUGCUCGCUUUAUAGUUGGAGAUGAGAGACUCACUGCAGAUGGACGCAUGGAGUAUUUGCUGGUGAUGGAGUAUUAUCCCAACGGAUCUCUAUGCAAAUAUUUGAGUCUCCAUACAAGUGACUGGGUAAGCUCUUGCCGGUUGGCUCAUUCUGUGACUAGAGGAUUGGCUUAUCUGCACACAGAAUUACCACGAGGAGAUCAUUAUAAACCUGCAAUUUCUCAUCGAGAUUUAAAUAGCAGAAAUGUCCUGGUAAAAAAUGAUGGCACGUGUGUCAUCAGCGACUUCGGUUUGUCCAUGAGGCUAACUGGAAACAGACUGGUGCGCCCAGGGGAAGAGGAUAAUGCAGCUAUAAGUGAGGUUGGCACAAUUCGCUAUAUGGCGCCCGAAGUGCUGGAAGGAGCUGUGAACCUGAGGGACUGUGAGUCCGCGUUGAAGCAGGUAGACAUGUAUGCGCUGGGGCUGAUCUACUGGGAGGUGUUCAUGAGAUGUACAGACCUCUUCCCCGGUGAAUCUGUACCAGAAUACCAGAUGGCUUUCCAGACAGAAGUUGGCAACCAUCCCACUUUUGAGGACAUGCAGGUUCUUGUGUCGAGAGAAAAACAGAGACCCAAAUUCCCAGAAGCCUGGAAAGAAAACAGCUUGGCGGUGAGGUCACUCAAGGAAACGAUCGAAGACUGCUGGGACCAGGACGCAGAGGCUCGGCUCACGGCACAGUGCGCUGAGGAGAGAAUGGCCGAGCUUAUGAUGAUAUGGGAGAGAAACAAGUCUGUGAGCCCCACGGUCAACCCCAUGUCUACGGCCAUGCAGAAUGAACGCAACCUGUCACAUAAUAGGCGUGUGCCAAAAAUUGGGCCUUAUCCGGAUUAUUCUUCUUCCUCGUAUAUUGAAGACUCCAUACACCACACUGACAGCAUUGUGAAAAAUAUUUCCUCUGAGCAUUCGAUGUCCAGCAGCACGCCUUUGACUGUAGGAGAAAAGAACCGAAACUCAAUUAAUUACGAACGGCAGCAAGCACAAGCUCGGAUCCCCAGCCCUGAAACAAGCGUCACCAGCCUGUCCACAAACACAACCACCACAAACACCACGGGCCUCACUCCGAGUACUGGCAUGACCACCAUCUCUGAGAUGCCGUACCCAGAUGAAACCAAUCUGCAUGCCACGAAUGUUGCGCAGCCGAUUGGGCCGACCCCUGUCUGCUUGCAGCUGACGGAAGAAGACCUGGAAACCAAUAAGCUAGACCCAAAAGAAGUUGAUAAGAACCUCAAGGAAAGCUCUGACGAGAACCUCAUGGAACACUCUCUCAAGCAGUUCAGUGGGCCAGACCCCUUGAGCAGUACCAGUUCCAGCCUGCUUUAUCCACUCAUAAAGCUCGCAGUGGAAGUAACUGGGCAGCAGGACUUCACACAGGCUGCAAACGGCCAGGCCUGCUUAAUUCCUGAUGUUCCGCCCGCUCAGCUCUAUCCUCUCCCUAAGCAACAGAACCUGCCUAAGAGACCCACUAGUUUGCCUUUGAACACCAAAAAUUCAACAAAAGAACCCCGGCUAAAAUUUGGCAACAAGCACAAAUCAAACUUGAAACAGGUAGAAACUGGAGUUGCCAAGAUGAAUACAAUCAAUGCCGCAGAACCUCACGUAGUGACGGUGACUAUGAAUGGGGUGGCAGGGAGAAGCCACACUGUUAAUUCCCAUGCCGCCACAACCCAGUAUGCCAAUGGGACGGUGCCGUCUGGCCAGGCGGCCAACAUAGUGGCACAGAGGGCUCAAGACAUGCUGCAGAAUCAGUUUAUUGGUGAGGAUACCCGGCUGAAUAUUAAUUCCAGUCCUGAUGAGCAUGAACCUUUACUGAGACGAGAGCAGCAAGCUGGCCAUGAUGAAGGGGUUCUGGACCGUUUGGUAGACAGGCGGGAACGGCCCCUCGAAGGGAGCCGAACUAAUUCCAAUAACAACAACAGCAAUCCGUGCUCAGAACAAGAUGGACUUCCACAGGGUGUUACAAGCACAGUUGCAGAUCCUGGGCCAUCGAAGCCCAGAAGAGCACAGAGGCCCAGUUCUCUGGAUCUUUCAGCCACAAAUAUCCUGGAUGGCAGCAGUAUACAGAUAGGUGAGUCCACACAGGAUGGCAAAUCAGGAUCAGGGGAAAAGAUCAAGAAACGCGUGAAAACUCCAUACUCCCUUAAGGGGUGGCGCCCCUCCACGUGGGUCAUCUCCACUGAACCCCUGGACUGUGAGGUCAACAACAAUGGGAGUGACCGAGCAGUCCAUUCUAAAUCUAGCACUGCUGUGUACCUCGCAGAAGGAGGCACUGCCACCACCAUGGUGUCUAAGGAUAUAGGGAUGAAUUGUCUGUGAGAUGUUUCCAAUCUUAUGGAGUGAAAUUAUUUUUUUGCAUCAUUUAAACAUGCAGAAGACAUUUAAAAAACAAACUGCUUUAUCCUCCUGUCAGCACCCUUCCCACCCUACACCAGGACUUGCUUUAAAUAGAUUUCAGCUAUGCAGAAAAUUUUAGCUCAUGCUUCCAUAUUUUUUAAUUUUGUUUUUUAAGUUUUGCACUUUUGUUUAGUCUUGCUAAAGUUAUAUUUGUCUGUUAUGACCACAUUAUGUGUGUGCGUAUCAAAAGUGGUCUCAAAAUAUUUUUUUAAGAAAAAAAAACAAAACCAGUGUAUUGCUGAUAAUCAGUUUGGACCAUUUCUAAAGGUCACUAAAGCAGAAGCAGGAGACGGGCCCGACUGCAGUGGUGUCCCGGGCACAAGCUCGUUCCUGUGUCGUCUGUUGGACAUUCUUCUCUCGUGUUUUAUUUGAGUGUGCAAUAGUCUUCAGACCACAGAGAAGCUUUCUUAGCAGCUCUCCCUAGCAGGGCACACAUUCUUCCACUGUUGAAACCUGUCCCCCAUUCUUCGAUAAGAUGAACAUUUUCUGGCUUCCUCCUUAGGGAGAAUGCAUAGAUACUGUUCCAAGGGCUCCAAAAAGGACUCACCAAGACCUUUCUUGAAAUGCCUUUGUCUUUUAGCCUUCCAAAUACUAAGUGUUUCCUUCCAGGCAUUUUAAUAGGCAUAUUUGGUUCUGAUUUUGGAAGUUCAUAAGAGAGCAUAGAACAAAAUAGAAGAAAGCAAACACUAGCCAUUUCCAUUUUAUUUUUUCUAUGUAUGUUCAUGUUCCAUAUUCGUUUAUUUAAUAAAUACUUUUUAUCAGAAAAUUUAUAGAGCUAAACUUAAGUGGAAUUUUUAAGUAAGUAGAUGGGCAAGGCGAUGUAGUGUAGGAACUUUGGUUUUUCUGACCAUCACAAAUUAAAUUACAUUUCCUAUUUAUAACCUCAGAAAAACUCAUAGUUUUGAAUUUAUAAUAUCUUUUAUUGUUUCCCAGCAAAGCGUGACAGCUUUAUGUGAAAACGAUUCUUCUUCCCAUGACCUAAAACACUGUGUGGAAAGCUCAGUCAGCCAGCAUGCCCAGUCCCGUGGAAGAAGGGCUUGCUGCCAGACAUAGGACUAUUGAGACAGCUAAGAUUUGCCCUCUUUCUUCCCUAACUUUCUUUGCUAAUCCUGUUUUCAUGAUUUCUCCCCUUGCCAAUUUCACAUGAUCCUCGACUUUGAGCAGCGUCUGUUACUCGUGUUGUGGCAGAACCUGCCUUCUGGUGACAGCCUACGGUGAGGUCACAGCCGCGCUCUCUCUGCUUCUCCUUUUGUCACGAGUGAUCCGUAAACCAGGCUCUGUCUUUUAAUGAAGCACUUUCUGUCAGAUAUGGAUUUUCCUUAAACAUUGUUUCCCAGCCAGUUUGCAAACAAAAGGUUCUCAUGUUUUCAGAUGCUCAAAAUUCUUAUUGUGCAUUAUCUGAUUAAGUUUUAAUUUUUUACAGGGGGGAGGUAAAAAAGUUAAGUGUAAGUCUCCAAAUUCCUGAUCUCAGUUCUGGUGUCCUGAACACCAUUUUCUCAUUUGAAACCCUCUGCCCUCACGAUUUAACUAAAGACGGCCCCUUUCCCAGCACACUGUCCACAGCACUUGUGACUUCUUUGACUUGCCAUCUGCUGCGCUGCUUUGAUGUGACAACAUUUAAAGCAUUUAUUCAGCUGGGCUGCUGACUGGAGUCUCAGUCCUUGGAUUAAGAUGGUCUUAUUCUCCCGGGACUCCUUUCUCCCCUUUGUGCUUUCUUGGCCCCUCUUCUGGGUCAGAUUUGUCUUGUUUUGUUUUGGGUUGGGUUUUUUUCGUGACAGAGCUUCUCUGUGCAGCUCUGGCUGUCCUGGAACUCACUCUGUAGACCAGGCUGGCUUUGAACUCAGAUUCUUAAAAUAAAUUUUGUCUUCUGACAUCAGUUUAUUUCAGGUAGUGACCAUUUUUUUAAAUCUAUGUAACAAAUAACUUUUGUCUUUUACUUCCUUGUCUGUCCAAAUGUCUUUGAGAUGCAUUUCAGGAUUUUUGUUUUUUUCAGUUGUCGGACAACUUUAAAUCAAAAUAGAUUAUAUUCCUUCUAUCUCUAACUGAAGCACUGAGAAUAAAUGUCCCCCGGAGGUCCAGCUGGUCCUUCUCUUUCAGAAAACUGCCUUACAUUCUAAUAGUUUAUAUUAAGGCCAAUCACUUGUGAAUUUCCCAACAGUCUUCAAUGGUUAAUACAUUUAUGAAAUGCUUUAAAAAGUAGUAUGCCAGGUUAAAAGAGAAAGGGUAUCGUUUCCAAUCUCAUGCAGAUAUGUUUAAAACAAAUAAUUCCUUUCACUGAUACAUGGUAACUGCUUGACAAAUAGGAAUAGCAGAAAGCAUAGGUCCUUUUAAUAAAUGUUGGAAUUUAUAAUACAGAGCACUCAAAAAUCCCUUUUUUUUUUUUUUUUUUUUUUUUGGUUUUUCAAGACAGGGUUUCUCUGUGGUUUUGGAGCCUGUCCUGGAACUAGCUCUUGUAGACCAGGCUGGUCUCGAACUCAGAGAUCCGCCUGCCUCUGCCUCCCGAGUGCUGGGAUUAAAGGCGUGCGCCACCACCGCCCGGCUCAAAAAUCCCUUUAAUAACUUAAUUUACUUGGUCACUUUAUUUAUCUGAUUCUUGAAGCUGAAGCUGAAUUUACCGAAGAUUUCACAUAAAAAUUAAUGUUGGGCCUUUUGAUUAAAAGUCAUUCAGUUCAAAAAUAUUUCCCUGAACAGUAUUAUAAUCUUUAAAGAAUCAUAACAGGACAUUUUCUUUAAAAAAUGCCAUUUGUGGGGCUGGAGAAGCAGCAAGGCAGCUAACGGUGGUUUCUGCUUUUCCAAGGACCCAGGUUGAACUCACAGCAGCUCCAUGGCUGGUCACAGCCUCCUGACGUGCACAUAACUAAAAAAUAUAAAGAUCAAUCCUAAAGUCCUAAUCGUAUACCAAAAGUAAGUAAUGGAAAGAACUUGAUUCGAAUUAUGUAUAGAAUAAAGUGAUUUAAAUAGAAACCCUAAAACAUUUAAAUGUAUAAUUUAAAACCACUUUUACUGUGGGCAUUGUGAAAGGACAUACUCUGAAAACUGGCAUCUACACGCACUAUAUUUUCAUCUUCACAGCAACCAUAUUUUAAUUAAUUUUCAUAUUUUACGAACAAGGAAACAUUAAGAGACAAUAGCUAAUUUGUCCAAGUUUACCUAGGGUGAAAUCCCAGGUUCCUUUCUACACAUCUCUUUCAUCCACACACGGUCUACAUCCGUGGACAGAUGUGUGAUACACUGACAUUUUUACUCCAGCAGACUUGUGGCUUGUAUAUAAGCCACGCCAGAUAACUUAAUGGCUUGAGAAGUUAGGUAAUCACUAUUGCUUAAGAGACAGUUACUGAUUCAGUACAAAAUUCAGCCUACCCCCUAAAAUCAUGUCACUUUUCUUCUGAUACAUUGCAGAACUGAAGGAAGCUGAGGGAACAGAGACCCUAAAGUGAUCCCAUAUUAGAUUUGGAAAAAAGUUUAAUAUAAGUUUUCAGUCUUCUCAACCCUUUGACCCCAUCUGUAAAAUUUCGGCUUUAGCAAAUGUUAGAAAAAAUGUUAAGUCAGAGAACCAAAUAAGACGUAUAUGAUGUAGAAAAACACAAAAUUAAUACCCUUUAUUAUUAUUAUUAUUAAUGUUUUGCUUUUUCGAGACAGGAUUUCUCUGUAGCUUUGGAGCCUGUCCAGAACUAGCUCUUGUAGACCAGGCUGACCUCAAACUCACAGAGAUCCUCCUGCCUCCGCCUGCCCGGCUGCUAAUACCCAUUUUUAUAAAGCAGGUUGUCAUAGCUUCCUUACAUGUGUGUAUUUGUUCCAGAAACUGUGUGUUGGUUCUGAAUGAGAAAGUGGAGAAAGGACACUCAGAUCCAGUGGGAUUUAUCACAAAUUCUGACAGAUAUUUUUAUUUAAAAUAUUUCCAAGUUUGAUUUCUGAAUCCCAAAGGAAUACCUGGUAGGCUGCAACUGUUACAUUGCACAUUUAGUCUCUAUUAACAAGUCAUUUAAAAUGAAAAAAAAUUCAAUAAACGUUUCUUGUUUCCAUAUUUAUGGACAUGAAUAUUUCAUUGCGAGACCCUCAUAGUAUUUGAUAUUGUAUUUUAUUUUAUACCAUAUUUUUAAAGCCUAUGUUGAACUUAGUACCUGUCAUUGUGUAUGUUAUUACAUGACUAUCCACAGAUUUUUUUAAAUAUAUACAUAUACUUACUUUAUAUCCUUAAUUCCUUAAAAGAUAGAUUCUUCACGCAUGCUAGCUGAUGUUCUAGACCUGCGAUUUCGGGAAGUGUGUGACACUCCCUUAGAGACCCCAGGAAUCUUUUUUUAAGCUAUGAUAACUUUCAAUAUUCACACCCUUGACUAACAGCGGGGUGUGGUGUUUUUUGUUUUCCAGAAGAUAAAGUUGCAUUUUAACCUUUUUGUUUAGAUUAUGAACUAUGCAAACUUUGUCCACAAACUACCUUACAUGAUCCCUUCCUAACCGUGCUGAUUGAUUAGGUCAGGCUGGCUGGUUACCUCCUGGGCAGGCCUCCCCCCGUGUCAGGAGAGUUUUCUUCAUACCUGUUCUGUCUCUCACAUGUGAUUUUUGUGUUCCUCAUACUUCACAGGGAAAAGAGAAUAGAUGGUCGUCCUCUCUGUUGCUCUUAGUCAGCUUCGGGCUUCUCGGCUAACCCUGUUCAUCAGAUAAAAUUGCCCCAGUUCCUUUAGGUCUUUUCUCAUCUAUUUUAAUGACUUUAUUUAUAUUUAAAAGCACAUAAAAUUCUAUGUUAUAUUCAAGUGAAUUGCUCCUGUUAAUUUAUAGCACAGCAGUUUGAUAGGGUUCAGAGUACAGAUGUUGCCAUUUGACAUUGAAUUAAAUCAUCAUACCACCCAAAAUUCAGCACUUAAUUUUGUAGUAGCUACAUUUCUAUUAAAGUGUAUGUUAUGAUUUUAUAUCUGCACAGGUAGAGCUAAAAAGCCAUGCAUAUAAGCAUUUGUAAUUGUGUGUCAUUUUUACUAAACUCGCACCACGUCACAGGGAGUUUUAGUAUUACGAUUGAGCCACAACAAAUAUUGUACAUUUUUCUUCAUAUCAAAUACUGUAUUAAACACUAAAUGCAAAAUUAACUUUCAAAAGCAGACCCUACAAAAAUCAGGUAUUAUCCAUGCAUAUUUUUGUGUUUUUGUAGACCACUUUUGAAAUGCUUACCAUUGUUUUUGCAGCAUAGAGUGGAUGGACUGAGACAAUUUUUAUUUAACUUUCAAGUAGUUAAAGUUGGGUGUUUGCAUAGAAAGUAAAUUUUCAAAUUUUAUCUCAUGGCAUAUAGAUUUGAAAGUAAAUAUUCAAGAGGCUAUACUAUAUGUUAAAAUUAUGCCCCAAAUAAAUCUGUUGAAUCUUCUGUAGAAUUCCAGUUUUAUCAUCACUAUGGUGUUUGAGGUGUUUCUAAUGAACGCUGUAAGCACACACGUUCAUUUGUAAAAUUUAGUUUGGAGCCCACAUCAAAAUCCGAGCAGAAGGAAUCUUUAGAACUAAAUUGCUUCAUUAGGAUGUCCAGUUUGUAUUUUAAAGAAAAUUGACUGUACUUGAAAUUACGGCUUAACUGUUUUUCUUCUUUUUAAAAGACUCCCCCAUUUUAUUUGUGUUUUAAAUUUCAGAAACAUCUCAUGGUUUGAAUCACCUUUAGACAUAGUAUUACCUAAAAUCUCAGGGCGCCUUCCGUCUGUUUGUACACGGACACCGUCAGUUGAUAGCAAACAAGCAAUUAGGUCUAGCUGGAUAUUUAAAAGUGUUUGUUGCAUAGUAAUGUGUCAUCCUAUUAUUUGACUUAAUUCACAUCAACAUGAUAUUUGAUUUCAUUAAUCGUAAAAACUUGCCCAGUUCUGUAAUUACUGAAUAGAAGGAAUGACUCAACCAAUUGGCCGCGUGGUUUGGCAGAUUUAAGCCUUGGAGUUAAAACACCGGCUUAAACACGUUCUGUUCUUGGUUCCGUGGUUACAUGUGAUGGAGCCAGUGUUUCGUUUUGGUUUGUGGUUGGGUUUUUUUUUUUUUUUUUAAUAAGAGAGCUUAGGAAAAGUAAUUCUGAGAUAGAAUUUUCUUAAGAGAUAAUUAACAUUAUAAAACUUUCUUCUGAAAGUGAGGUCAUGACCGCAGCUGUAGUGAUGGCUUUGAGAAGGUGAUCUAUGGCAACCGGUUUUCACACUGGCAGAGCCAAACAAUUUUUCUUUAAGUCAGAGAAACUUAAGCUCUAAUUGGUCUGCUGUCUGUUUAAAUCUUAGCAGUGGAGUUGUUUGUAGCCAGUCUCUUGUCUCGGGCUCCCUGCCUUGUUAUCAGUCUUAAGUAUAUAAAAGAAACACUUGUAAAGAUGUAUAAGAGGAAGAAAACUAAUGACUAAAAAAUGCAAUUCAGAGCAAUUAGGUUUCAAUUCAAUAUUGAGUUGCUGACUUCCGUGGCUUUUUUUCUUUCCUGGUAACGUUUAUUUAUUUAAGCGACAUUGUAUGUUAUGUCUCCAUAUCUGUAGAGCUUGUAUUGUAUAAGUGUUUGUGUAAGCUGGAGUCAUCCAGAAUUUUCUGUUGCUAAUUUUUCAAGUGAAUUUCAUGGAUAACUGUAAAAUACACUAACUCUUAGGUUGUUAUAGCUGAAACGUGGAGAUGUAUGUGUGGCUGCCGUGUUUUUUUCUGAACAGACAGGAGAAACACCAGCUGCCGAGUAUUCACUUCUGGGGAGGCUGGCGAGGCCGGCUCCUCCUUGGAACCCUCUUUCUUGUUAACGGGUAUCUUCUGUUGGUGUAUUUUGUUCUUACAUUACAGAUAGAAAGUCGUGUGUGAGUUUAUGAAUAAUUACUUUCAGUUAUUUUGCUUUUGUAUAAGCCAUCUGAGAGCUUGCUAUGCUGUAAAAGUUGUGUUUGAUGGAGCAGUGUGAGUACGAAUUAAAGCGGAUCACUUUCUUUUGUAUUAUCUAUGGAUGCCACUAUGAACGCUGACAUUAAGCCACUAAAGAGUUUUCUAUGAAUAAGUGUAAGUAAAUGCUUUGAUAUAUAUAAACCUAAAUAAAAAGAUUGUAUUGAGACAGAGACAUUGGCAAAGGAAGUUUUAAGGCAGUUCUUUAGGUUUAAAAAGGCUUGCUGUAAAAUGGUGCGUUAUUCCAUUUAUUAAAGAUCAUAUUAAUGACA